GAGCGCCUCGACAUGUCGGAGGCGGAGGCCGCUGUGCUGAAGCUGAUCUGCGCCAAUCACGGAUCGAUGAGCGUCGAUGAUCUGGAGGAGAGCGUCUGUGUGUUCAACGUGAGGCGGAUCAUCUCCAACCGGGAGAAGUUUGUGUGCUGCCGGUCCGGCGGGGAGCACAAGGUGGUGGCCAAGACGGAGCUGCGACUCUGCAAAGCCAAAGUGUGUCAGGGCUGCAACAACCUGCAUCUGUGCAGAAAGUUCCUGCUGGGAUCCUGCCCGUCCAGCCGCAGGAGGAGAGGAUGCCAGCUCCCCCAUCAGCUGAGGUCUGACCAUAACGUGCCGAUCCUCGUAGAGCACGGCCUGCAGGAGCUGGACCGGGCCGAGCUGUGCACGCUGCUGCUGCAGAACGACAACUUCCUGCUGCCGCCCGGAAGUACGACACCAAACGUCCAACAAAAGUGUGCAGGCAGCGUCGUGGCACCACAGCACCACCUGUGGCCCGACUGCUGCGACUGCACAGUGUGUUUACCCGGCCUGUGGCGUCGUGUUCAGAUUUGCUUUGACUACAACAACGGCGGCGGGCAGUUUGGCUUGUGUAAGGACGGCGACGACUGCGAGCGGCUCCACAUCUGUGAGCAACACCUGCAGGGAGACUGUUUCUGCUCCAAGGCUCAUGAUUUUGACGAGCCGCAGCCUUUAAAAGCCCUGCAGGCUCGGGGUGUUCCCAACCGGCUGCUUCACUCUCUGAAAUCUGUCUACAUCAACAAAGAGGCUCUGAGAGGCAACAGGGCCAACCCUCAAUGGCAACCACGAGUCUUUUCCACCAGCGGCGUCUGGGCUGCUGCGAGCUACCGAGACGCUGGCAGUGAUGACGGACUGAACAAAAGACAAACGAGAGGAGCCAAGAAAAGCUCGGAGGAUGUGAAAGGUGCUUCUGCCUACAAGAGGAGGGCCAAGGGAGAAAGAGGAAGGGCGCCGGAGGGAGAGCAAAAAGGGAGAGAAAGAGACAACACCAAAACAUCCCCACAGGCAGUGGGCAGUAUUGCACCUCCAUGCCACACGUAA